AUGUCUUCUGUAGAUAACGGCGCUUUCGUCGACCUCACUUCCUCGCCCUGCUUUUCUCCUCGCUCUGCCGCACGUGGCGGCCCGGUCACCGUGUCGACCGUUGAGUUGGCUGAGCCCUCACUAGACCUUGCCGGUGUGUGGGCCUCGUUGAGAGCGUUGCAGCAUGCCAUCGACCAGACCGAGGCACUACGCGAGCUUCGCUCGGAUCAUGAGGUUCUGCGCCGCGUGUUUUUGGCCACGCGACGUUGCGCGGAGGAUCUGGAUCAUCGGCUUGCUGACGCGGCCAAUGCCGCGUCGCCCUUCGUGCUCUUUUGCCAGCACAAGUAUGAAGUGGUCCAUCACCAGCUGCACUCAACUCGGAAGGAGCUCGCCGACUGCUUGAUCGCGCUGCAGGGCCGUCUGGACAACUCCUGCGAGCUUGAGGCUUGCCGUCUUCGGUACCAUGACCUGCAACUCCGCUACCGCGAAGCAGUGUCCGAGUUCCAAGAUCGGAUCUCUACCUUGGAGGCGCAGCUGGCCGCCGCCUCUUCUUUUGGUGUGAUUGUCCCGCCUGACACGGCUCGUCGCAUAGCGGAUCUGGAGUCCCAGCUCGCGCGGUCCCAAUCUGACUUACAAGUCGCGCGUGAUCGCCAGUUUUCUCUCGCUUCGGAGCUUCGUGAAUCAGCUACGUCUCACAAGGCCGCUCAAGCAGAAGUAGAUCGCCUCGAGGCCGCGAUCGAGCGCAUGACUCGUCGCUCUCGCACUUUACAUGACAACUACGAGCAUCGUUUGAUGGUUGCCGACACCACGAUCGCCACACGUUCCACCGAGCUUAAUCGCCUGCAGGAUCGGGUAUCGACAUUGGAACGGGAUCUCCAGAAGGCUUCCCAGCGUGUCCAGGCGGUAAUUUCUCAGCGCGAUCAAGCCAGGGCAGAGCGUAUCGCUAUCCAGGACCGUGUCUCAGCGGCUCGAGAUACUAUCGCCCGGCUGGAAACGCGGGUUAACCAAGUCGAGAAAUCUCAGAAGGCGCGUCAGGACCUCGAGCUCGCGCUCGCAGCGCUUCAGGAGAGACAGUUGGGCAGUCCAACGAGAUGA